ACAGCGGCCAUCUUCUCCGCUCUCUUCUUCUUCUUCUUUUUCUUCUACCAUCCCUGAACCCUAGUCUGAGCUCGAGCUAUAUAGCCUGGCUAUUUCAAAAUUCCCCUCCAUUCCUACCAUUCUCCAGCUCGGAGCUCCCCCGCCGACGACGAUGCCCAGGAAUGACGGCGUUCGCUUCACAUCAUCUUCUGUCAAAGUCCCACAGUCAUCAGCCCACCGAGCUCCGUCUCCUAUGUUCAAUCCCGCCUCCUGGUCGAAAACUCUAACGUCUCACUUCUCCAGGACAACCCAGUCGCUGGCACAGCUCAUCCACUCGCUCCAGACCCCUCCAGACGCACGCCAGUUCGGCCCGAAGCUGCCGCUGUUGAGCUCACUGUCUCUUUUUCUCCCUCGUCCCUGGGAGUCAGCUCGUUCCGAGUCAAGACCGCACAAGUCACGCCUUUUAUGCUCCGCCUCACUGUCGCUGAUUCAGCAGCUGGAGGGCUCAGCUCCGUCCGAGCCGCAGAAGGAGAGCUCAGCUGGCCGGCCGGGAGAAUUGGUUCAGUCUGAUACCGAGACGCGGAAGGGGCACUCAGUGGGUAGGCACGAGGAGGAGAGGGUGUUGAUCAGCGAGGUGCUGGUGAGGAAUAAGGAUGGAGAGGAACUUGAGAGGAAGGACUUGGAAAUGGAGGCAUUGCAGGCGCUUAGAGCGUGCCGGGCCAACUCCGCUCUCACUGUGCGGGAAGUUCAGGAGGAUGUUCACCGGAUCAUUGACAGUGGCUACUUUUGCUCUUGCAUGCCCGUCGCCGUGGACACCCGAGAUGGGAUUAGGCUGGUGUUUCAGGUAGAACCAAACCAGGAGUUCCAGGGGUUAGUAUGUGAAGGAGCAAAUGUUCUUCCAGCAAAGUUUCUUGAGGAUGCUUUCCGGGAUGGAUAUGGAAAAGUGGUCAAUAUCAGGAGACUGGAUGAAGUAAUAAACUCAAUCAACGGUUGGUAUAUGGAACGUGGUCUUUUUGGCUUGGUUUCAGAUAUUGAGAUUCUUUCUGGGGGAAUUUUAAAGUUGCAUGUUGCGGAAGCCCAGGUCAAUAACAUAUCUGUACGAUUUUUGGACCGUAAGACUGGUGAGCCAACAACUGGGAAGACAAAACCCGAAACUAUUUUGAGACAACUCACCACUAAGAAGGGGCAGGUAUAUAGUAUGCUCCAAGGGAAAAGAGACGUGGAGAUGGUAUUGGCCAUGGGGAUUAUGGAAGAUGUCAGCAUUAUUCCCCAGCCUGCUGGAGACACGGGCAAGGUUGAUCUUGUGAUGAAUGUUGUCGAACGUAAAAGUGGAGGCUUUUCUGCUGGUGGUGGCAUAUCAAGCGGGAUCACUAGUGGACCUCUAUCAGGACUGAUUGGGAGCUUUGCAUAUUCACAUAGAAAUGUUUUUGGAAGAAACCAAAAACUCAAUAUCUCUUUAGAGAGGGGUCAGAUAGAUUCAAUAUUCCGCAUAAACUACACGGAUCCAUGGAUUGAAGGAGACGAUAAGCGGACAUCCCGGACAAUUAUGGUUCAGAAUUCAACAACACCAGGGUCACUUGUUCAUGGUAAUCAACCUGAUGAUAGCAGCUUGACCAUUGGAAGGGUCACAGCUGGCAUGGAAUUCAGUCGUCCAAUCAGGCCAAGGUGGAGGGGAACAGCCGGGAUUGUUUUCCAGCAUGCUGGGGCUCGUGAUGAAAAAGGAAAUCCGGUUAUAAAGGAUUUUUACAGUAGCCCUCUUACAGCAAGUGGCAAUCCAUAUGAUGAUACAUUUCUAGCUAAGCUCGAGACUGUCUAUACUACCGGCUCAGGGGACCUUGGGUCUUCAUUGUUCGUGUUUAACAUGGAACAAGGACUCCCUAUUUUGCCUGAGUGGCUGUUCUUCAACAGGGUCAGUACCCGUGCUCGGAAGGGCAUAGAAAUCGGCCCUGCUCGUUUUCUCGUAAGUUUGGCCGGUGGUCAUGUGGUGGGCAAUUUCUCUCCUCAUGAAGCAUUUGCCAUCGGCGGAACCAAUAGUGUAAGAGGUUAUGAAGAAGGUGCCGUGGGCUCUGGUCGCUCGUAUGUUGUGGGUUCUGGAGAAAUAUCAUUCCCCCUGUUGGGACCAGUCGAUGGAGCUAUUUUUGCAGACUAUGGAAGUGAUCUAGGAUCAGGUCCCACAGUACCGGGUGAUCCUGCGGGAGCAAGGCUGAAGCCAGGUAGUGGAUACGGUUACGGGCUUGGGAUCCGGGUCGACUCGCCUCUGGGUCCUCUGCGCCUCGAGUAUGCAUUCAACGACAGGCAAGCUGGCAGGUUCCAUUUUGGAGUCGGGCAUCGGAACUAGUUUCUCUGCAACAAUAUACUUGGAUAAACUGAUUCUUUUUUGUUGUUCCGGUGGUGGUUCUGGUCAUAUUAUCUGAUUUUUUCUUUAUAUAUAUAUAUAUAUAUAUAUAUUAAUUUUUUGUGGACUAGUAAUGAGAAUACAACUCCCACUUUACCCCC